CCGCCCCUCCCGCCAUGUUCCGGCGGGAGCGCGGGGCGCAGGGAGCAUGCAGGGCGCGGAGCACCCCGGGCAGUGGGUGCUCAUUGCACCAGAGGCUGCUAUUGACACCCCUAAGACACCUGACAGUGAACCCGUGUUUACAAAACUGCGCAAUCCAAGCACAGGGGAAGCAACCCUUUACUUAUUCAAUAGUGGUGCUCAGCAGCUGUUUGAAGUAAAAGCUUUUCAUGAGGAAUGUCGUUCCUGGUUUAUAGGUCAGACUGUUCAACAAGAUGGGCGCCUGCUGUUUGUUACACCAAUGGACCCCUUAUUUCUGAUACUCUACUACCUCAUAAAGGCAGACAAAGAGCAGCAAGGAAAGUUCCAGCCACUUGAUCAAGUUGUGCUAGACCCAGAAUACCCUAGCUGCCCAUUGCUGCUGAAGUGUGAGAAUGUUAAACAGUACAUACAGCAUGUAACAGAAGAAAAAGAGAUUGGCAGUCAGAAAUUCCAUAAAUACAGCCAAGAGAAGACACUGAAGUGGUUAAAGAAAAAGGUUAAUCAAACAGUGAAAGCACUUAAAAGCAACAAUAUAUCAGUAGGUGAAAGAGUACUUGCAAGUACAUUUAUCAGCAGUAAACAGACCACAGAUACUGAAGAAGACUAUGUACGAUAUGCCCAUGGGUUAAUAUCGGAAUAUAUUCCUGAAGAUCUGAGUAAGGAAUUGUUAAAGUACUUAGGGCUCCCAGAACUCAGAAGCCCAGCAGCAGAGCCACCACUGAAGAUGCCUGCAAAAAGACACACAAAGAAGAAAUGAAAGGAACAUAAGGAGACUCGCUAAUAUUGUUUUAACUUGCCAUAAUCUCAAAGCUGCUUUUUAAAGGGAUUUUUUACGCACUUUCUGAAAAUAAAUGCUCAGAAUUAGACAUACCCUGUUCCAAGAAAAAGCAAAUCUCAGCAGAUUACCAUUGUUAAAUAUGCGGUGUGUUAAACAUAGACUGCUUCAGAUUUUAUAGCUUAGACACUAUUGGUCUAUCGGGCCCUUCCAGGAAAGCACUUACGAGCAUGCCUAAUGUUAAGCACAUGAGCAGUGAUCCUAAAGUCAGCAGUGUUGUUCGUAUGGAUAAGUGCUUUGCUGGAUCAGCGCCUGAAGUCUUGUUAGGUGCUGAGCAUCCUGAUCCAUAUCCAGAAAAGCACUUACAUACAUCCUUAUCUUGAAGUGGAAGAGCCAGUCUAAUUUUUGUGCAUUAGUGUUCACCGUAAAAUCUCUCUUGGCACAAUGACUCGUAUGCUUAAAAUUAAGCACCUGCCUAAGUAUUUUGCAAGGUCAGACUAACAGCAUCCUUGAGCAACUCUUAAAUACUUGAUUUUUAAUGAAUUCUCCUUUUUUUUUUAUUUACUCAUUUUUUAAUAUUUUAAUGGGCAUAAUCACAAGUUUUAGAAGCUGUAUAGCAAAAUGUGUUGUAUGCAGUUUCCUUCUUUCUUUGUCAGAAUCUAUCCAAAUUUAGCGAAGUGGCCUUUUUGGACUAGAAGUCUGAUUUUUAGAUAUAGAAUCACCCAAAAUUAAAAAAAAAAAAAAAAAAUGUUAGCUCUAAUUUUUUAGGACAUUUACAUUUUUUGAAAUAACUUCAUCGAGUUUGAUUUACAUGAUUUUAUCCAAAGAAGGUGUCACCUAGUCGGGUUGUGCAGACAGUCUGACUCUUAAAUGCUAAAGCUUCAAGUAGACAGUGUGUUCAGAAAGGCAGAUGGAGAAGCUGUAUGUUUUAUUUUACUUGUUUUAUUCUAAGGAUUGAAACCUUUAGAAAUGUGUACGAAGUAACAUGCACAUUUUGUAUUGGGAACUAAACCAAAACCUAUGUAAUCCUUCAGGUAAAAA